ACUUGAUCGUGGCUCUGCAUGGAGCGCCAAGCCCCUGGGGAACGGGAGAACCUUGGACCAGGCUGAAAAGAGCGGAAGGAGAGCAGUGGUAACGAACGAGAGGAAGGAGAUCGCGAAGCGUGGGGACCGGGGGACUCGCAAUAUCGCCAUGCUUUAUAAAUCCAGGCUACGCAAAACCCUGCGGGCGCGGACGCCUGAUCCUGAGCUGCUGGGAGACAGGAGAGA